GCUUGGCUCAAGAAACUCUUGAGACGCCAAUGGGACACGGGAGUGCAAUUCAAGAUGCUAAGGGUCGGGGCAAGGGGCACGCACGCAGAAUUCACACGCAGGUCGGCCCGGAUGCUCCUGGGAACACGUCCGACUUGCAUUCUCCAGAUGCAGGGACUCUCCGAGCCGGAACUCCGAAAACCCUCAAGGUCCGCUGCCAGGGCGAUACGUAUUCGCUUCGAGAUGAGACAGGAAGAGAAUCCGGCAGAUCGGGGCAAGAGGUUGGAGGGAGUGAGGCUGAAGGGAUGAGCGUUGUACGCGAAAGCUCUGAUGGGGAGCCGACUUCUUCGGAGAAGAAGCGCGAGCGACAGAGGAUGGUGCGAGAGGAGGUGGCGGAGGAAACCCGCCGCAUGAAGAGGAUGAAAGGACAAUCAGAGGCGGUGAUGGGCGGGGAUGGAGGUGAUGUCGGAGAACGUGUCUUGGGAAAGAGGGCGCCUGGGAUGCGUGGCGGACAAGAACAUGGAGUCGGAAAGAGGCCGUCGAAGGACGAGGGUGCGACGGCAAGUAAGAAAGCGAGGAGGCCCAGCGGUUUGACCAUCCGCGAAGGACAGACCAUGGGUGGAGGAGAUUCGGCUCAUCCAGGCGCUGCGGCCACGGGAGAACCUUUGGGGAAAUCCAAAAGGAAAGUGGCAGUUGAAGAAGGCGAUGGCCAGAAGAAACCUCGAAGGAGGAAGACUGCUGAUGCGGCGAGCGGUAGCGGACGGGCUGUCGGAGGGCAGUACGACGAAGCGGCAACGUUCUGGCUCGAAUACGAGCGGAACGAUGACGGUGAUAUCGUGGAGAAGGAGCUCCAUGUCCAACUGCUGAUCGACCCCAGGAGGGUCUGCGACAUCCCGCCUUGGGAAAGAUAUUACAACCACCUCAGUCUCAAUCGCGAAAAUAUAGACGAUAUCAAGGCUGCGAUGCUAAGUCAGUUCCAUGGGGGAAAGGGGAAGAUCUUGACGAAAAACCCUUUGGUUCUUGCACCCAUCUACGAUCCGGUGACGCGUAGGCCGAAGAAAGCUGACAAGGUUCACAAAGACGUCUUCAAGCCAGAGGACAAGGACAAGAACUACUAUUACCCUGUCAACGGAAUACACACCGUGGCUGCUGUGAAGGAGCUGGUGGAUGAGCCAAUAUUCCAUUUGUGGAAGAUGCACUUGUGGCCGGCAAUAGUAGUGUAGUUUCUCCAACGAAGAUUUCGCGGGGUAUGUCCAGGUCAGUCUCAACGAGAACACGGGACACAAGAUGUCUAAGCAGCGAUCGC